GAGCCUUUGACGGGCUGAGAGAUUAAACUAGAGCCUUGCUUUGAUCCCUCAGGCUUUUUCUUUGGGAUAUGAAAACCGAGAUAAAGAGGAGAAUGGAAGAAAGAGCUCGCCCUUCUUGAAGGAAGGCUAUGGUAUGACCCGGUUGCCAUGGAGACAGAGAGUAACAUCAGUUGGGCGCCAAGGGGGCGGGGAAGGCCAUGGCCACUCUAGUCUCUCUGCAAAAUCGGCUCCCGUUCAUUGAAAGCCAAUACUAUUACAGGAACAGGAUUGUAGAUGGAUAUAGAAAAAAGGAAUAUAAGGCAGCAGUUAAAAUACAGAGCUGGUUUCGAGGAUGUCGUGUUCGUGCUUAUAUCAGGUAUUUAAACAAAAUGAUGACAAUUAUACAGAAAUGGUGGAGAGGUUAUAUGGGAAGAAAACAAUAUCGAGAAAUGGUGAAGACAGCAUAUUUGACUAUGAAGAUGAAUUUCUACAAUGAAAUGGCUGUCAGGAUUCAGAAGUGGUGGCGAGGAUAUAAGAUCCGGAAGUACUGCUUCAAUUAUUAUUACUUGAAGGAAUAUCUGAGAGCUAUAUCUGACACCAAUCAAGCAAUCAGGGAAGCACUGGAGGAGUUUGCAGAGAUGAAGGGUCGAGAAAAGAGGAAGGCUGACCUAGAGAAGGAAGAGAAGAGAAAGCAGUACCAAGCCCGAAAGACCCAUUACCUUCUCAGCACAAAGCAGAUUCCAGGUGUAUACAACUCACCAUAUAGAGAUCCAGAUCCAGUGGAAUUUGAGUUACGGAAAGUGAGGGCAUUUCAAAUGACAUCCACAGGGCCUCAAAUUCAGCAGACAGAUUAUGAAGAUCUUUCCUCCUGGCUCGCUUGCACGAGUAAGCGUUCUUUUCCAAGAUCAGACAUUUUACCACCCAUUAACAGGAAGCAAUGCCAGGGGCCCUUCCGAGAUAUCGCUGAAGUAUUGCAGCAGCGCUACAAGCCUUUGCAGCCAACCUUGCGGGUGGCCACAUCAAUCAAUGCGGUAAAAGAGGCCCGAGAGGAACUCAAAAGGGAAGAAUGGAAACACCGUGUCAAUGACAACUUGUUUUUGCCAUUUGCUAAUUACAAUAAGAAUGAAAAGUACAUCCCAAUGGUUCACUCUUCAACCAAGUAUAAUGGUGUUUCUUAUGGACAAAAACAAUUCCAAGAUGAAGACCCUGAGAAAUGGAUAAGUAACAAGAACUUCCAGACAGUGUUUCCACCAUUUGUUCUCUUUGACAAGUAUGGAAAAGUAUAUUCAAGAGCCGGAGAGAUAGUGUAAGGGUUUGUAUAUCUACAUGAAGAGCUCUUCAAAAUGUAAUAAACUCAGAAAGCCAAAAAUAAAGUUGAUUGAGCUAUCUACCAUGCAUUUUAAAAACCAUGUCAUCAUCACAUUCUUAUGUAAAGAAACUUCCUAAACCUCUUAGAAUCUAACCUAGUGGAGGCAUGCAUUUUCCCCCCAGAAUAUCUGCUGACAGAGAUAUAUACUCACCUAUAUUAUACGGACUUCACAAUUAUUUAAAUGGAACUAGAACAAAUUUUGAAAGCACCAAUAUAUCCUUUAAUCCAACAGAGGGAAGAUAUUAGGUAAUAUAGUUUAUAAAAUACAAUGGAAAAUAAUGAUAGUGGCUCAAGUCAUAAAAUCAGUCAAACCAAUUUUAGUAUGUAGUUAACAAGAGCUACAGGAUAGAUGAAUGAUCAUAGAAUGAAUUAGCUUAAUUAGAGAAAGUUUCCUAACAUAGUUUUGUUCCAGGUUUUAGAGAUAAUAGAAAGACUGUGGAGAACAUUUUGUGUGGGGAGAAUGGCACCUAAAGCUGUGGAGGCAGGUAGGGAGAAAGCUCCCAUUUACUUGGGGAGCCUCAUGUUGACUCCUUCAGAACCCCUGGAGAUACUGAACUCAUAGAGGACCAAACCUUACUAUAACUAGGGAAGUUAGUUAAUACCAUUUCUUCUGGAUAUAAUCUACUAUUGGUAUCACAAAAGGCUCAUAAUGUGUUACUUAUGGGAAGAUUUAUCUUCAUUUAGUCUUUUUAAACCAACAGUACUUGAGAGACUCAACAAUACUUCCUUUAUUCAUGUAAUGUCGGAGGUUAACCUAAAUUCUUUGAGAUUUGUAGCAGAGGAAAGCUGAUGGUGAAAACAUUGAGUAGAGCCAUUUCCUUGUGCGAUAUAGAUGGUUAUGUUGAAAAAAAAUACAUGUAACAAUUCUUUCUUAACUACAUAUAAACAUAUUCACUUUUAAGUUGCCUUUAUGGACAUGUUUUACCAUUGGUCUAGAAUGGAAAUCAUUAGGAAGUAGUCAUUACCAUAUUAUAUUAAUAUAAAGACUAAAUGCUAAAUGUCAUUAGUGUAGCACAGAUGAUUUCAUUUUUUGAGUUAUUCGAAGCCUUUUGCAAGGUACUUUAUUACAUGGGUUUAUUCAGUGGCUUAUGGCAAUAAUUAAGUUAUCCUGAUGAUAAUGGCUAAUAUUUUUACAAUGUCUUCCAUCUGGCUUGAUUUGGAAUAAUCUAAAAAUAGGUUUAUAUGGUAUGCCUAUAAAGUAAAGCAAGUGAUUUUUUUUGACAAAUGUACCAGAACUCAUACCUCCAAAUGAAUAACAUCCCUAUUCAAAUUAACAAAUGUUACCUUGGCAAGCUAAACACUUGUUCCAACAAUGCUGCUAUUGCUCAAAGCAUUUUUGGAAUGCCUCUUUGGGGAUUGGCUUCAGAGUAUGUGGCAUGUGCUUUUGAAUACCCUAAUUGGUGACAAAUCAUCACUGUCUCAGAGUCAAUUUGAUUUGGGGAAACAGCCAAUAGUAAUUCAGAGCCAAUUUUCAGGAAUAAUAUGGGUGGUCAAGGUGGGUUAUACCAAUUUAAAAGAUGCAACAAGUAACAAUAGUGGAUUGUUUAUACAACUCUGGAGGCAUUUCCAAGAAAGGGAAUUCCAAAGGGGUUUUGAGAAAUGGCAGCCUCACUGAGAUAAAUUCAGUUUUCCAAAGUGACUGCUUUCAAGAACAGACAACUAAAUUAAUCAGUUUUUGUGGUGAUGGUUAAAAAUUCAGUUUGAUUAUUUUAUGGCCACAAAUAUAUGUGUAUAUGCAUACAAACAUAUAUAUAGGUAUACACACACACUAAUA